CAGGCGCAGUGCAGGAAUUCUCAGAACACGCCUACGCGCGCAUUUUCUCCCCUUCCUCUCCCUCUUUCCGCUUUCCUCUCUCUCCCUUUUUCUCCUCUCCUUUCCCCCUCCCACCACUUGGUCUUUCAGUCUUUCCGUUAGUCCGUUUAAGUCUCUCUUUCCGACCCUCAUUCCCUACCCUUUCUCCCCCUCCCCCCUUCCUUUUCCGUCUCACGCGCAAGGCCACUUGUACAUGCGCAUUAGGUGCAAAACCUCGCUCUUUGUCCCCAUCUGUCGUUCACACGAACCCAAGCCUUUGGCAUUCGGUAGCCAAUAGAGUCGAAGAAAUGGCGGAAAAAUGAUUCCGCCUCUGGAGAUAAACCUUGAUUGGCAGUUCAGCUAACCAAUCGAGAGCGUCAUUUCGUGCCCCUUGAGAGGCACCGAGCUCCGUCGUCUCGCUUCCGGCGGUCGCGCGCUCUUUUCUCGGGACGGUGGAGGCCGUGUAGCGUCGCCGUUACUGUGAAGAGAGAGCAGUCCGUAGAGGAGAAGUCGAGGUUAGAGAGGCCUGGGAGGCACUUUGCUGACUGACUUCAGUCGAAGUUGAGGGUGCAAAAAUGCAGAGCAAUAAAACUUUUAACUUGGAGAAGCAAAACCAUACUCCAAGGAAGCAUCAUCAGCAUCACCACCAGCAGCACCACCAGCAGCAACAGCAGCAGCCGCCACCACCGCCAAUACCUGCAAAUGGGCAACAGGCCAGCAGCCAAAAUGAAGGCUUGACUAUUGACCUGAAGAAUUUUAGGAAACCAGGAGAGAAGACCUUCACCCAACGAAGCCGCCUAUUUGUGGGCAAUCUUCCUCCUGACAUCACUGAGGAGGAAAUGAGGAAACUAUUUGAGAAAUAUGGAAAGGCAGGCGAAGUCUUCAUCCAUAAGGACAAAGGAUUUGGCUUUAUCCGCUUGGAAACACGAACCCUAGCGGAGAUUGCCAAAGUGGAGCUGGACAAUAUGCCACUCCGUGGAAAGCAGCUGCGUGUGCGCUUUGCUUGCCAUAGUGCAUCCCUUACGGUCCGAAACCUUCCUCAGUACGUGUCCAACGAACUGCUGGAAGAAGCUUUUUCUGUGUUUGGACAGGUGGAGAGGGCUGUAGUCAUUGUGGAUGAUCGAGGAAGGCCCUCAGGAAAAGGCAUUGUUGAAUUCUCAGGGAAGCCAGCUGCUCGCAAAGCUCUGGACAGAUGCAGUGAAGGCUCCUUCCUGUUGACCACAUUUCCUCGUCCUGUGACUGUGGAGCCCAUGGACCAGUUAGAUGAUGAAGAGGGACUUCCAGAAAAGCUGGUUAUAAAGAACCAGCAAUUUCACAAGGAGCGAGAGCAGCCACCCAGAUUUGCACAGCCUGGCUCCUUUGAGUAUGAGUAUGCCAUGCGCUGGAAGGCACUCAUUGAAAUGGAGAAGCAGCAGCAGGACCAAGUAGACCGUAACAUCAAGGAGGCUCGUGAGAAGCUGGAGAUGGAGAUGGAGGCUGCUCGCCAUGAGCACCAGGUCAUGCUAAUGAGACAGGAUUUGAUGAGGCGCCAAGAAGAACUUCGGAGGAUGGAAGAGCUGCACAACCAAGAGGUGCAAAAACGAAAGCAACUGGAGCUCAGGCAGGAGGAGGAGCGCAGGCGCCGUGAGGAAGAAAUGCGGCGGCAACAGGAAGAAAUGAUGCGGCGACAGCAGGAAGGAUUCAAGGGAACAUUCCCUGAUGCGAGAGAGCAGGAGAUACGGAUGGGCCAGAUGGCUAUGGGAGGUGCUAUGGGCAUAAACAACAGAGGUGCCAUGCCCCCUGCUCCUGUGCCAGCUGGUACCCCAGCUCCUCCAGGACCUGCCACUAUGAUGCCGGAUGGAACCUUGGGAUUGACCCCACCAACAACUGAACGCUUUGGCCAAGCCGCUACAAUGGAAGGAAUUGGAGCAAUUGGUGGAACUCCUCCUGCAUUCAAUCGUGCAGCUCCUGGAGCUGAAUUUGCUCCAAACAAACGUCGCCGAUACUAAUAAAGUUGCAGUGUCUAGUUUCUCAAAACCCUUAAAAGAAGGACCCUUUUUGGACUAGCCAGAAUUCUACCCUGGAAAAGUGUUAGGGAUUCCUCCUGAUAGUUAGGUCUACCCUGCCUGUACUACUCUAGGGAGUAUGCUGGAGGCAGAGGGCAAGGGAGGGGUGGUAUUUAACAAAUCAGUUGUGUGUGGU